AUGAACCUCCCAAAUGGGACCAAUGAGAGAGGGAAAGACACAAAAUCACUCGCGCCGAAGGAGUCGGACUCUCCUCGACAAAACGAAUCCCUCAUUCAGAGGGACAGUGAUACGAAAGGGGAAGCCUCCCCGGCAGGCAGACCAAUCAACACAAUCACAUCCAUGCAGGAUGAUAGAGGCAAAACACCCAGGACGUAUUCCCACAGUGGGAACCCUGAACCCACGAACGAGAAGAAACAAAACCGCCUGACUAACAUGAACGAACAUUUCAAUCGCCUUAACGGGGAGAGCAAUAACGAUACCCUAGCACAGCAGUUUAACAAAAGGGUGCUGCCCGAGGGGGGACAAGUGGCCGCUAUGCAGGGGCAAGUCGCCGCGGAGGGAGUUCCCCCCCCCUGGCGUCGCACCUGGUCCUCAUCGAUUCACCUAGACAAGACCAAAGAGGACAAGCCAACUUACACAAGUGUCUCUGUUACUUUUAUCAUGUUGGGUGUUCUGCUCAUUGCUCUUUCUGCCACGAGAAAGGAGUGUAGAGUGCCCUACGGGGAGCAGGACCCAGACACACAAUAUAUACAAUUAGAAAUAAGCGAAGCCUUCUGCCAGGGGCCCGUAAGGCCAUUCCGCAAAAAUGCUUACAUCUACUACGAGCUCCAUAACUUUUACCAGAAUCAUAAGAAGUACCUCAUUUCCAAGUCGCACAGCCAGUUGAUGGGCACCGUGUGCACCCGGCCAGAAGACCUCGCGCAGUGCUUCCCCGUCGCACAGAACAAGGAAGGAAAGGUGCUGCACCCGUGUGGCCUCGUCGCACGCAGCGUCUUCAACGACACCUUCACUCUGUACAAAGACAAAGCACACAACGAGCAGAUACAACUAGACGAAUCAAAAGAAGCCAUCACGUGGUACAGCGAUCUUAAUAAAUUUAAAAACCCAUCGCAGAAAGAAAUGAAUGAGCAUAAGGACCAGGUAGACUUUUGGCUCAUGAAACAGAAAUAUGUUAGUGUCCUUAACAUGAACACAAAAAAUGGGUUCGGGGUAGAAAAUUCUCAUUUCAUUGUGUGGAUGAAGACAGCUGCACUCUCUGAAUUUCGUAAAAGGUACGCGAGACUCAAUCAUGAACUUGCUUUACCAGUGUAUGUUAAUAUAGAAAAUAAUUUUCCUGUGAAGAACUUCCAUGGGAGGAAAUAUUUGGUCAUAGCAGAGGGCUCCGUCUUCGUCAACGAGAAGUCGCGCUCCUUCGGCGUCCUCUACGUUGUCAUCGGGGUCGUGUCCCUCUGCAUUGCAUUGUGCCUCGUGUACAAUCAGCUCAAGCACCCGCGUCUCAUGGGGCACAUCUAG